AUGUCAACCACAACCUUCGUCGCCGGUGUAGGCAUGACGCCCUUCCGCUCCCCCAAGAAAUCCGCAAGCCAAGCCCAAAACCCCAACUCCGACUACUUCGACCUCGCCGUUUCAUCGGCCGUGAAGGCGCUCCUCGACGCCGGCCUCACCUACGACGACAUCGAUCAAGGAAUCGGCUGCUACGUCUUCGGAGACUCGACCUGCGCCCAAAGAGUUUUCUACUCUCUCGGUAUGACAGGAAUCCCGAUCUUCAACGUAAACAACUACUGUUCUUCCGGCUCUACUGGCAUCUACCUCGCAAACCAAGCGAUCAAAGCAGGGCAGGCGAAUUGUGUGCUGGUUAUUGGUUUCGAUAAAAUGUAUCCGGGUGCGCUACCGCAGAUAUUUCAUGAUAGGACGAAUCCGCUCAGUAGGAUUUUGGAGUUGAGUGAAGGCUUGAUUCCUGAGGCGGAUAGGGAAAAGAAGAGCCCGGGGUGGACGCCGCAGUUGUAUGCUAAUGCACAGGCGGAAUAUCUUGAGCGGUAUGGACCAGCUGGUGCCACAAACGAACAUUUUGCGAAGAUCACAUCUAUUAACCGGGCGCAUGGAGUCAAAAAUCCGUAUAGCCAGCUGGCGAAAGAGGUUUCCGUUGACGAUGUACUAUCGAGUCCGUCCGUUACGGGAACAAUUACCAGGCUGCAGUGCUGCCCUUCAUCUACUGGAGCCGCAGCAGCUGUCAUCUGCUCUGCCCAAUUCCUCAAAUCACACCCCCACCUACACAACUCAGCGAUCCAAAUCGCCGGCCAAGCACUCGCCACCGAUACGCCGCUCCUCUACGAACCCGCCAGCGCAAUUGAGCUGAUCGGCUCCAACAUGACGCGCCUCGCAGCAAAGUCUGCGUUCCAACAAGCAAAGAUUAUACCAAAAGAUGUCUCGAUAGUAGAGCUGCAUGAUUGCUUUACCACGAAUCAGAUGUGUGCGCUUGAAGGUCUGGGGAUGGCUGAGGAAGGGAAGGCAUGGAAGUUGAUUCAAGACGGCGGGAUAAGUUACUCGAAGGAGAGGGAGAGGGCAUUGGGUGGGAGGGGGUGGAUUGUCAAUCCAAGUGGAGGGCUGAUUUCGAAGGGCCAUCCAUUGGGAGCUACUGGACUUGCGCAGUGUGCCGAGCUCGUUUGGCACCUCCGUGGUUGGGCAACGACACGUGCGGUCUCAGGAACUAAAUAUUGCUUGCAGCAUAAUAUGGGGCUUGGUGGUGCCACGGUGGUUACUAUUUAUCAGAGGGCGGAUGGAAAGGAGGCUCCUAAGGUAGCUGAAUACCAGCCUGAGGAUGAUGGGAGGUGUAGGUUGGGAUAUAAUCCGGCGGUUGAGGCGAGGGGUAUAAGUAAGGCUGAUUGGGAAGCGGUUAAAUCGAAGGGUGAUCGGAGUUCGAGGUGGGCGACGGCGAAGUUGCCGUGGGUUGUUGAUGGGGAAAGUUUUAAGGAGAGGGCUAUGUUGUAAGUUGUGGGUGGCGGAGAGUCUCUGUUGAGGGUUGAAUAUCAGAAUGCUGGACCCAAGUGGCGAGCUUGGCACCAAUCAUAAGUGCAACAUAGGGAAGGUUUAGCGAGGGCCUCUCCUGCCUGUCAAUCCAUCACUGGGCUGUCU